CAUCUCAUUAGGAGUUGAAGUUGAACAGUGGAGAAGCUUCAGUCCAUUUUAACCAAUUGACACAGAGAGUUGAAGAACCCUACAACAAGAACUUGACAGAAGAACCCUUCCCUCCUUCAGUCAGUGCUGCUCACAACUCUUUCAUCUUCACAUUUCUAACCUCUUCUCCCUGGUUCCCCUUCAAAUCUUUCACCAAACCAGCAAUUUCUCCUCCAAAGCAACCAUGUCUUACACCUCCUUUGAAGGAUACUUCUGCCAGGGUCAGAGCAAUCAUCCCUUGCUCAAUUCUUCAUCGGGCACCAAUGGGUCCAUCUUGGCUGGCACUCCAACUUUUCAGUUCGAUGCUGAUGAAGACCUUCGGUGGACUCAGAGCUCUCUUCAAGCUCACCCAAAAUCCUCUACAACCAACCAACACAAUCAGACUCAUCAUUCAAGCAGAGGGGCAUUCAGCGCAAUAACUGGAAUGUCGCCGAGUUUAGGAGUCCCUCCAAUGGACGCGUUUUUCUGGAUGGAGGCUCCCACCCAUCCAUCUACCUCCACGCCCAUCAGCUCCGAGGGCGGGUCUCCGACGAACGGACCCUCCAGAAUACGGAAACGUCACUUUUCCCUCGAAGAGUACCAAGACAUGGACGAUAGUUCAAACUCGAACGAUUCCGGGAUCUUUUCGCGGAACUCCAACAUGAUCUUGGAGGAGAACCCCCGGGCCUUGGGCUCGCUUUCCGAUCUCAACGUCUUUAAGUCUUUCAUGAAUGACAUGUCAUAUGGUGAGGAUGCCUUGAGCAUGGACUUUGACAAGUCCAUGGACGAUGAGCAUCUCAAGGAUCUGGAGAGGCGGAUCCUUCAAGUGAUAGAAGAGGCGAGGGAAGCCAACAAGUUUGGAUUGGAGUUUCCUCCCGGACUCCUGGACAUUGUCACUGGUCACAUCCUACAAGAGGCGGCCGGAGAGCCAUAUGGAUUAAAAGGUUGUGUUUUGAAAAUUCAAUAUGAAGGCCAAACUGCUCUUCAUAGAGUGGCCACCCUUGUGUGCGAUCCAAAUACGUUGUCAACGUUUGAGCUUACCCUCACCUUCCGACAGGCCCAAGCCUCGUGGGGUAAAAGAAUGGCCAGACGCCUGUCGUUCUCCCUGUCGAUUGCGGAUUAUCCCGUCAGUACCUCCUACAAACUGGUCAAAAAGCGCUCUUACCGUCAAGGAGAGAUCGAACUGGUUUCUUAAAGAGUCACAAAGUAUAAAGUCGAAGAAGAAGGAGCACCCUACAAGAAAACAGAACAACAACAAAAGUAUUAACCUCAAGGUUUGCGCGUGUGUGAGACUGAUCGAAUGCGUGAAACAAGCGGAUGAGUCUGCCCAAUCUUCAAGAAUUCUUAAAUCUACAUGGGUGAAGAGAAAGGGGCUGCAAAAGUGACCACUAACGAGCCCAUUCUGUCUCCCGGACAAUCGACAACAUCCACCGUGCUGCUAAAACAAACAAACAAACGUGUGUACCUCCCCGUCACAACCAACCCUGCUAAAAGUUGACUUGUCACAAAGAACAAACAAACAAACAAAAAAAUCAUCGGCUGCAGCCCGAUACCAUUAAUGAUGAUACAUAUAGUUGUGAUAAGAGUUUAUCUUAACAUUUUUUAUGGAUAUGUUAUUAGCCACUGGGGAUGGUGAACCCCUGCAACCUUUGCGUUGUGAGGAUCCUGUCAUCGCCACAAUUUUGUCUUUCAUUCUACUGUCAAAAACACCAUCCAUCCCCUCUCAUCAAGAAUUAGUGGGCGUGUGUGUGUUGUCUCCUUGUGUGCCCCGCCCACCGAGUCACUCUCAAUUGGCAUCCAUUCCUAUAUUGGUUGGAUUGGGUGAGUCGGCGAAGGCCACAAAGGCAACCGACCGACCGACCUUGAUCUUCAAGUGCAAAUUCAAAAGAUACGAGAAGCAUCUACUCCGUAUUUCAUGAACGUUAUUGUGUUAAAUUUCAACUCCGUUUUGCUUGGACUGUGGAUAUCUACAUAUAUAUAAAAGUAUAAAUCCCAACAAGUUCACCAAUUCAUAAACCGUCGACUGAUUCCAAACACUCCCACAACCACAAAAUCUGUCUCAAACAAUAUACAAUUAUAUUUUUGUUUGUCAAAUCCAUUCUCAGCCACGUUUUCCUUUUUUCGCUCUGAUGUGGCUGGAGAUCUAUUAUCAUCAUCAUUAUUAUUAAUAAUAAUAAUAUAAAUAUUCACUUGGGUCUUUCUUUGAUUUCCAUCAAAUGCCAAUAAAAGCUAUGACAAAACAGUAA